AUGUGGCUCAUCAACACGCAGACCCUCAAGCUCGAGUGGGUGACAGACCCGAAGAGCAAGAGGUAUGCGAUUCUCUCACAUACCUGGACCGAGAGCCAGGAAGUGACAUUCAACGAAUUCCGCACCGGCGCCUGCGACAAGGACAGCACCGGCUACAAGAAGAUACAGCAGGCGUGCCGCCUGGCUCGACGGAGGAAGGAGCCUCUGCAGUACUGCUGGGUGGACACAUGCUGCAUCGACAAAUCGUCAAGUGCAGAGCUGAGCGAGGCGAUCAACUCCAUGUAUGCCUGGUACCAGAAUGCUGCCAUCUGCCUUGCAUACCUCGAGGACAUGCCACCAGGCACCUGGAGACCGGACGGCGACGGCAACGGCGACUCGGCUGACGGGUCCUAUGGCGAUCCGGACAGGCUCACGAGUCAGCUGGAGAAGUGUAGAUGGUUUCAUCGCGGCUGGACGCUGCAGGAAUUCAUCGCACCAAAAAGAGUCGAGUUCUACAACUCCGAAUGGGUCAACUGCGGGACAAAGAGAGGACACUGUCACGUGUUGAAGGCAGUCACAGGGGUACCGUUCAGAGUGCUCAGAGGCCAAAGACCAGCGACUUCGUAUCCCGUCUGCUACCGCAUGUCAUGGGCUGCUAACAGAGAGACAACCCGCGAGGAGGAUGUGGCAUACUGCCUGCUGGGACUCUUUGACAUAAACAUGCCGCUCCUGUAUGGAGAAGGGAGAAAAGCCUUCCGGCGGCUACAGGAGGAGAUCAUCAGGCAGUAUCAUGAUCCGACGUUGUUCUUGUGGCGGGCGAAAGACGCAGAAGAAGAAAAGUAUCGUGGACUCCUGGCACACUCGCCGUCCGAGUUC